AUGGCUCAGAACCCACUGUCGAACCAUGUAGGGACAGGGGUUAAUAUUGUUAUUAAAGAAAAAGAGAACAGAGUCAUAACCAAAGUUAAUGAAGUGAAGUCACCCAUGCAUUGGGUGUGGGGGCAAAUGGUCAAAGUAGGCUGGUUGACCUUUAAUGAUAACGAAAAUAAACAUGCUUGCCCCUACCACCACUGCGAGGGUUAUAUUAUUCAAAACUGUGAUGAGUUCAAGGCCUUGGUUCAAAGGCUGAUGGAUAAUAAAGACAUGGAAUUUUACUAUAAAGCUACGAAAGAGAAAGAGGUAGAGAUUUGCGCUUCUGAAGGCACAUCCAAGGGAGUUUACAAUACUAACUCCCCUUUAGUCAUUACACCGAAAGCUCAUACUAUGGAAAGGUUAAUCCCUAAAAUGGUUAUCACACCUUCAUCGUACUUUCCUUAUAAGGACAACAAGCAGGUCCCUUGGAGGUAUGGAUGCCAACUAGAGAAUGUUGAGAGUUCAGAGGCUGCUAAGGAAGAGGUGGAUGAGGUAGGUCACUUUACCAGAAGUGGGAGAUGUUAUUCUCCCAACCAGACCAGUGAAUCCGAGAAAAGAGCGGCCGUUGAUAAAGAGAAAAGGGUUGAGAUAUUGUUGAAAGAUGAUGAGCCAACAAUUAAGGAACCGACUUUUGUACCGAAAGAUAUGCCAGUAGAAAAGAUAGAUCUACUGGUUGCAAAAAUUCAGGCGGAUAAUUUCAUCUUUUUCUCUGAUGACGAGAUCUCGUCCAGAAUAAUGGGCAAUCCCAAAGCCCUGCACAUUACCAUCAGUACACAAAUAAGAAAUUGCCAAAGCAUUGUUCGAGCUUUCGACGAAACAAAGAAUGAGGUACUGGGAAAGAUCGAUAUUCCUCUUAUAAUAGGCCCAUCAACCUACGAGGUCGAAUUCCUUGUAAUGGAUAUAAUGCCCUCCUAUAACUGCUUGUUAGGAAGGCUUUGGAUCCACCAGGCAGGAGCCGUGCCAUCCACUCUACAUCAGAAACUCAAAUUUAUAAUUGAGGGGAGACUGGUAUGCCUUAAUGUCGAGGAAGAUAUCAUUUCUUUCAUAUCUACUACCGCUCCAUAUGUCGAAAUAGAUGAAGAUGCGGUCGAGUGCUCUUUCAGAGCCCUGGAAUUCGUUAAUGCCACUUUUGUUGCCGAAAGAAAGAAAAUUCUGAAGCCUAGGCUGUCUAACUGUACCAAAAUGGAACUGAAAAUGACUUUGGGAAGAGAAGCCAAGGUUGGAAGAGGGUUAGGGAGUCAUUUAUAG